UUACCUAGGGCUUAUUUAUUACGGGUGUAGAUAACGCUCAUCAUAGUGUUCGCGCUGUCGUUCCGAGUCCCUCACACUUCGGAUAAUAGCCAAUAGGAUGGCAAAAACUUCACCAGAAUUUGCUAAGAAAUAUCAAAUCCUGGCAUCCAGUGUUCACUAGCUCAAUUCUUUUUCGCUCACCCUAAGCAAGGUUGAAAGUUGAAACCACAAAGCCACUGAAACCCGAAGUGUAUGUUCAUCGCCUCUCAUUUCUUGUCUAUUGCUUUCUUUCUUGACUAAUUUUGCACUGAAGAUAUUUCAUAUUGAAGUUUGGGGAAAACCCGAAAUCUUGAUUGUUGUUGUAUUUAAGAAGAGCAAGAACUUAAGAUAGGUCUUUGUAGCUUGACUAAUUUCUCUUUGGCCAUGUCAACUUUGUUGAAUUCUGUGCCUAAUUUGGGGAACCCAUCACCAGAUGGGAGAGGGAAGGGUUGCGGGUUGUCAGUUAAUGUCCCAAAUUCUCAGUCUUUAUCACUCCACAAGGGAUUUUCCAGGGUCUUGGCAUCAACCCAGAUCACCAUUUCUCCAAAGGACUCUGUGAUGCCAAUACCCAAUUGGAGGUUUGGGAAGAACGAUUCAAGAAAUAGGGAAAAUAGGCUCAAUCAUGCAUUUUAUCAUAUGGAGUACGUGGUGGGGAAGGGGUAUAAGCCUGAUGUGGUUCAAGCAACACAGCUGUUGUAUGAUAUGUGCAAGUCAAAUAAGAUGACAAAGUCGAUAAGAGUGAUGGAGAUGAUGGUUGGGUCAGGUAUAAUACCUGAUGCAGCUUCUUAUACUUUCUUGGUUAAUCAUCUCUGUAAAAGGGGGAAUGUUGGACAUGCGAUGCAGUUGGUGGAAAAGAUGGAAGAUUACGGGUACCCUACUAGUAUUGUUACUUAUAAUUCGCUUAUUAGAGGAUUCUGCAUGCAGGGAAACUUGAAUCAGUGCUUGCAGUUUGUGGAAAGGUUGAUGCAAAAAGGGCAUGAACCAAAUGCAUUUACUUACUCAUCUUUGCUAGAGGCAGCUUAUAAGGAGAGAGGAGCAGAUGAAGCCAUUAAGCUUUUGGAUGAGAUAAUUGCAAAGGGUGGGAAACCUAACGUGGUUAGUUACAAUGUUUUGCUUACUGGGUUGUGCAAGGAAGGUAGAAUUGAGGAGGCAAUUUGUCUCUUCAGGGAUUUGCCGUUGAGGGGGUUCACUCCCAAUACUGUGAGUUACAACAUUUUGAUCAGGAAUCUGUGCUAUGAUGGACUGUGGGAGGAGGCAAAUAAGCUCCUGGCAGAGAUGAAUGGUGAGGAUUGUUCCCCGUCUAUGGUUACUUACAAUAUAAUAAUUAAUUCCCUUGCAAUCCAUGGCAAGACCCAACAAGCACUGGAAGUCUUAGAGGAAAUGUUAAGGGGACCAUUCAAGCCCACCGCAGCUAGCUUCAACCCAAUAAUAGCCCGUCUAUGCAAAGAGGGAAAGUUGGAUCUCAUUGUGAAGUGUCUAGACCUAAUGAUCUAUCACCGCUGUAAUCCUAGCGAGGGCACGUAUAAUGCUAUUACUUUGCUUUGUGAGGAGGGAAGGGUUCAAGAGACAUUUUCCAUAAUUCAUAGCUUGGGCAGUAAACAAAAUUCCUCCAUUCACGACUUCUACAACAACGUGAUAACCAGCUUGUGUAGAAAAGGGAACACUUACUCAGCAUUCUUGCUUUUAUACGAAAUGACAAAGUAUGGUUUUACACCUGACUCUUAUACCUAUUCGUCUUUGAUCAGGGGGUUGUGUAUGGAGGGAAUGCUAGACGAGGCUAUGAAGAUCUUGUGCAUAAUGGAAGAAACCGACCAUAAACCUGAUAUUGUCAAUUACAAUGCCCUGUUAUUAGGAUUCUGCAAGUCUCAAAGAACAGAUUUAUCCUUAGAAGUAUUUGAGAUGAUGAUUGAGAAAGGAUAUAUGCCUAAUGAAACGACAUAUAGCAUUAUAGUUGAAGGACUUGCCCAUGAAGAAGAAAUGGGGUUAGCAGCUGAAGUUUUGAAGGAGCUGCAAAUGAGAAAUGUCCUCAGUCAAAAUACAGUUGAAAGACUUGUUAUGCGAUAUGAUCUCGAGGAGCUGCCGAUAUAGAACAAAUGUGUUUGAUUGAAAAUUGAAGAAAUAGAAUAAGGUGAAGGAUUCAUGAUCUUUAUUUGCUUUAAGCUUGGGAUAUUAUUGCUGAAACCUGUUUACUGUGUAGACAUUCCAAGGAGUUUAAAUUGUACAAGAUGACUAUAGUCUAUAGUUGUUGAAAUGACAAUGAUAGUUUAUCCCUUACCCCAGAUGUGAUCUAACUAGCUAUUUACCUUGGGUCAUAAUAAUGUUUUUUA